AUGGCUGAUAGCAGCAGUUCUCCAUGCAAAAUCAUUGAGCCAAAUGCCUCGUUUCUGGAGAGGCUUGACGAUGAAACGUGGCUACUGAUUAUCCUAGCUAACUUCGACGACUGCCAUAAAGAUCAUCUUGUUGAGUGCCUUCGAUCCUUGGCAAACGUGCCCAUGACAGAGCAUGAGGCUAGCGGGGAAGAUGGAAUCCACUCCAAAAGAUUCAAAAAGCGCACAGUCGCGUCGUGGGAGCCUUCAAGUUCUUUGCUCCGAUCUCUUGCAACUCAAGGGCCAUAUCGGGACAGCCAGGCCAAUCUAUACGCUCUUGCUGUUUUGGCACAUCAGUAUGGUCACCCCGAAUUCAUUGUGGCCGAUGAUUUGAGCAGACGUCAAAUGAACCCCGCAACCGACACUGGAUCCGAUGGGGAGCCUCUAAAUGCGCGGAAUCUGAAUUUUGAGGUGAUAUUGGUCUCGGUGUUUGAAGACGAGGUCACAUCAACGGAUAUACAUGUCUGGGCUAGGCGGGUAAGCAUCCAAAGUGAUGGCAGAGUUAGGCAAUGGGGGGAAUGGCCUGUGAAAGGAGACCUCCCAAUGGCCCAGAUGUUCGCCGAGUCGCACGAAGCGUGGAAUUGGCAAACGGUUGCUGUUCCCAAUGAAUGCCGUGAAUUUGGGAAUUCGAGGCUCACACCAUCCGGUCCUGAAUUUGAAGAUCAAAUAUGGAUGCACAAUGGUCUCGGUAUACGAGAUCCAGAUUGCUCCAUACUCACACCUGGCGUGGCACGGACACUGGGACAUAAGAGUCGGCUUAUUGACAAGCGGAACACCAUCGGCAAGUUGCUUCCCAGUCUUCCUACGGAACUGGUGUACGAUAUUGUCGACCUGGUAGAAAUCUCAGUACCCGUCCGACUCCCAAUCUGGCAAAAUCCUCCAAGUGAAAGGCAUCUGGUCAUCUUCGUGUCGUUCUCCAUGACUCCGAAGCAACGACAAGAGGCGGAGCGUGACAUUCGAAUCGGAAUUCAGGUCGGUGAUAACACUCCAAGUGAGUCACCCUGUCAACCGGAUUCACAAAUGACAUUUGAAUUGAUCCCUUUGGAAAGACACGGUGCUACGUCGCGAAGAGACUUCAUGAAUCUUUGGGCCGAGUACUUUACCUCCACCGUGAUGUUCCAAAAGCGUGAUCAUCUGCCGCCUCUUCAUAUUCUCUCAGAGCCCAUCACCGACAUCAGCAAUCUGCAUUUCAUCGAGAUACUCGGCGACAACAAGUCCGUGGCGCUUGCUUCACGUACAUCAAUUUCCAGAAUAGUCGAGAUAACGCGCGAAUACGGAAAUAACCCCUAUCAAAGAUGGUUCGAAAUUCAUGUGCCGGACGAUGACGAGGGCAGCAGGGAGAAUCUUUGUCAACCCGAACAGCCGUUUUACCGGACCAGGUUCUCAUGGCAGUCACCCUCGACUCUUCACACUGAAGACCCAUGGCUACCAAUCUUCUAUCUCACAAGUCAGUUGACAGACGACCAAGACCUACAGAUUCGGAGCAAGAUUGAAAGACCAGAACCCCCCGAAGAUGAAAACGGGGACACCGAAUCAGACCUAACGGGUUGUGGCUUUAUGCCCUGGCCAAGGGGAAAGUGUGAUGGAACAAUCCGUGACAUCUGGAACAUCGUACAACAUGUUCACAAAGAGUCCCUUUGGCGAGACGAUGACUGGUUCUUCUGUAUUGACCAGCAAACGGCCAUUGAUAAGAAAUUUAUUUUCGUAGUCCCUGACCGUCGUAAAGUGCGGCACAGACGACGCCGGAGGAAGCACCUAUACCUUCCCGAUCUGGCUGGAUUCACCUACAGCCGUAUCCCUUGCUCCAGAGCCUAUAGCGUGUGGCUUGAGAUCCAAGUCCUCGGAACGAGAAGUCUUCAACCCUUGAAAUGGGAGCGUUUUCUGAGGCCGGAACUACUCCGAGUCGACCGAAUGACAAAGAACGACGAAUACCCGUACGUGGAUGGGGAUGGGAAGCGCUUUGAAUUGCCCGAGGACGUCGACUCUGAAGGGAGCCCCAGUCCGUCCGCCAGUUCCAGUGAGGAUGAAGAGAAUGAAGGUGUGCUUUGUCCGUUAAUAAGCGACAAUUUGUAG